AUGCCUCCUCCCCGCGGUACGCCAAACCCCUUGGAGGGCCCUGCCGACUAUGAUAUGACUUCUGUCGUACACUGUGACACUUACCCAGCCAUAGAUCCGACUAAGACGGAUCUCCGUGGAAAGACAGUCUUAAUCACUGGAGCAUCCAGGGGCCUCGGCCAGGCCAUGGGCAUAUCAUUUGCAAAGGCGGGAGCCUCUCGUUUUGUCAUCGUCGCCAGAUCAGACAUGCAAACCGACGUUGAAGCAAUCAAAUCGGCAUCCCGCAAGGUUGGGCACCCAGAGCCCGAAAUCCUAGCCAUUCAGGCCGAUUGCAGCAACCCAGAGAGCGUUGAAGCAUUGACAGAUCAGGUCAAACAGGCAUUCGGACAUCUGGACAUUGUGAUAAACAAUGCCGCCAUUCUUUCGAUGCAAUCGAUCACGGAAUCUGACCCUGCCGAGUGGAUGAAAGUACUCACAGUGAACGUGUUUGGUCCGUAUCUUGUGGUGCGGGCCUUGCUUCCUCUGCUCCUCAAGGGCGGGUCCAAGACUAUCGUCAACGUCUGCAGUGUCGGGGCUCAUUGUGUGACUCCCACCAUUAGCGCGUAUCAGAUAUCAAAACUGGCCGUCUUGAGACUAACAGAGUUCAUCUGUGCCGAGCAUGAGAACGAUGGGAUUCUGGCAUACAGCAUCCAUCCCGGCAACGUCCCAACAACAAUGGGCAGCGUCGACGAUCUACCCCCGGUGUAUCGGCCUGUCUUUGUCGAAACCCCGGAGCUCAGCGCGGAUUCGUUGGUUUUCCUCACAUCUCAAAGGCGACCGUGGCUUGCAGGACGAUAUAUCAACCUUACUUGGGAUCUGCCGGAGCUGAUGGCCAAGCAAGAUGAAAUUGUUGGAGGCGACAAGUUGAAGGUUCGCCUGGCUGUUUAG